CUCGUACGGUCGGAGUUGCCGGAACCUGCUGCGGGACUCGCCUGGCGCUCGCCUCUUCGCCGCCGUCGGUCGGUGGAUACCUUCUUUCUCCAGGAAGAAAAAUGGCAUCUGUUGCAGUUGAGCCACAACCGAGCGUGGUGACUCGGGUGGCCAACCUACCCUUGGUGAGCUCCACGUACGACCUCAUGUCCUCAGCUUAUGUCAGCACAAAGGAUCAGUAUCCCUGCUUGAAGUCCGUGUGUGAGAUGGCAGAGAAGGGCGUGAAGACCAUCACGUCGGUGGCCAUGACGAGUGCUCUGCCCAUCAUCCAGAAGCUAGAGCCACAGAUUGCGGUUGCCAAUACCUAUGCCUGUAAGGGGCUAGACAGGAUUGAGGAGAGAUUGCCUAUCCUGAAUCAGCCAUCAACUCAGGUUGUUGCCAAUGCCAAAGGCGUUGUGACGGGGGCAAAAGAUGCUGUGACAACUACUGUGACGGGGGCCAAGGAUUCUGUGGCCAGUACGAUCACAGGAGUCAUGGACAGGACCAAAGGUGCGGUGACUGGCAGUGUGGAGAAGACUAAGUCUGUUGUCAACGGCAGCAUCAACACAGUCUUGGGAAGUCGGGUGAUGCAGCUUGUGAGCAGUGGAGUAGAAAACGCACUCACGAAAUCAGAGCUGUUGGUAGACCAGUACCUCCCUCUCACUGCAGAAGAACUAGAAAAAGAAGCCAAAAAAGUUGAAGGAUUUGAUGUGGUUCAGAAACCAAGUUACUAUGUUAGACUGGGAACCCUGUCUACCAAGCUUCGCUCACGUGCCUACCAGCAGGCUCUCAGCAGGGUUAAAGAAGCUAAGCAAAAAGGCCAGGAAACCGUCUCUCAGCUCCAUUCUACUGUUCACCUGAUUGAAUUUGCCAGAAAGAAUGUGCAUAGUACCAACCAGAAGAUUCAGGAUGCUCAGGACAAGCUCCAUCUCUCAUGGAUGGAGUGGAAGAGAAGCCUUGGCCAUGAUGACACCGACGAAUCCCACUGUGCGGAGCACAUCGAGUCACGGACUCUUGCUAUUGCCCGCAACCUGACUCAGCAACUCCAGACCACAUGCCACACCCUCCUGUCCAGCAUCCAAGGGUUACCACAGAACGUCCAAGAUCAAGCCAACCACUUGGGGGUGAUGGCAGGCGACAUCUACUCAGUGUUCUGCAAUGCAGCCUCCUUUAAGGAAGUAUCUGACAGCCUCCUCACUUCUAGCAAGGGGAAGCUGCAGAAAAUGAAGGAAUCCUUAGAUGAUGUGAUGGAUUAUUUUGUUAACAACACACCCCUCAACUGGCUGGUAGGUCCCUUUUAUCCUCAGCUGACUCAGAAUGCUCAGGACCAAGGUACAGAGAUGGAAGACCAGACAGGAAGCCCAGCCUCUGAGCACAUAACCCAUUAAACCCGCCCCUGUCACCAGCAUGAUGCAGCCAGUCAGAUGGCAUCUUUUGUUAUAUUGAAAUUAACUUACCAGACAACUCUAAAUCAGGAAGUAGCUAGCUAGGAAAAAGGUCCUCAGUUGUAGUUAUUUCCAGCUGAAUUAAGAGCUUUGAAGUUUCUGGCAUUAGCAGAUGGGUUCUGUUUACCUGGCUAGCAAGAAAAGAAUUGACAGCCUUGUGAGAGCCUGGCCAGAACUCACCAAAAAUUUAAGUGCACUUAUGGGCUCAUUUUGUGGCCAUUGUGUUGCCACUGUUGCUGUUUGUAUUGAAUAAAAACACCUUCACGUGGGCUGUGGUAUAAACUGGUGUCUGCUCUGGUAUGAUCUGAGCACACCUUAUCACUGGUUUAUCUCAUGAUGCUUGGUUGUACAACUUGAUUUCAGUUUCUUAUUUCUCAUAAAGGAAUAUCACCUUUGAAUUCAAUAAAAUUCGUUGCAGAAAUAGAUCAGUU